UGGAACCGAUGUUUCAUCUUUGCAAAAUCACCUUUCUACUCAUCAAACUACAAUAUCUGCAAGAGGUCGUCAAACUACUCGUCGAACUGCUGCUUCUAAUAAUGGUGAAAAAGAAAAACGUGAUGAAAAGUUAAUCACUUGGAUCGUGAUGGAUUUACAACCUUUUACAGUGGUUGAGGAGGAGAGUUUUAAAAUGCUUAUUCGCUGUCUUAAUUCUAGUUAUACUAUGCCUACAGGCCAAGCAAUAAAAGAUUGGAUUUUCAAUGAAUUUAAAAAUCGUCGCGCUAAAAUUAUUACUGAAAUCGCCCAAAUUCCUGGAAAAUUUUCUCUUAGCGCUGAAACUUGGUCAUCUUCUGAUUGUGAAGAUUAUAUGGCCGAAAGUGCUCGUGAUGCUGUGCAAGGGAUUUUAGACCAAUAUAUUAAUCCACAAACUUUUGUCAACAGUGAUGAAAAUGAGAUUCAAGCCAUACAAUGA